AUGGCCCCAAAGAAUAAGGCCAAGGCUGCUCCGAAGACGGAGCCGAAAGCUAAGAGGGCCAAGUCCGGUGCCUUGGUGAUUGGAGAUGACCCCACACCGGUGGAGAUGAAAGCCAGCAUUCAGAGGAUGCUGAAUCUUGUGAAGUACAAAGCCGACCCCGUGAGAAACAAGAGCCUACCGGCAGAUCGCCGACUCGACUUGAAGUGGGUGGGCCAGUACACCAAGAAGGUUGUGAAGGAGGAAGCCGAGGAGGAUAUCAGCGACGUCCCAGAGAAGAGGCAGAAGGAGUUGCUGGAGGGUUUGCUCCAGGAAUCCGAGGAUUUCUGGGGGCACGAGAGGAACCUGGUGAAGCACAAGAUGCCCGAGCUCUGCCGGUACUUUUACCGGACCUUGGUGGAAAGCAAAGAUGCAACCCGAUCGACCGAGUCAGGCACCUUCGAAAUGAGUGCUAGCCUAGCAGCGAAGGAGAUGAAAAGCCUGCAGAACACCAAGGGUGAGGUGAAGUUGGAGCACCCCGAGCGGACCGAGCUGAGCAACUUGAGCAAAGUGGCCAACAGUGCAGUCAAGAGCCUGGAUGCCAAGCAUGGAGAGUUGAGCUCGGAAUGCAUUGCUCUCGAGAAUUGCCCCAAGCUCGCUAGCAAAGCGCCGGAGGUCCGGGUUACCCUGGAUGCUCUGAAGAAGUUUGUGGAGGAUCUUCGAAAGAUCCAGGUCCUGCUGGGUCGCAAGCUUCCCACGAUGGACGAGGCAGCCUGCAAGAACGAGAAAGCCGACAUGGAGCAGUGGAAUCGCAAUGCCAAUGAGCAUCUUGACAAUGUGAAGUUGUUGCUGAAGAAGGUUAAGGGCUGGCAGGCCUAG